AUGGUGUGUCGAUGGUCCCGUGAGGAGUAUGAAUCCUGUGACAACAUCAUCUUCGACAUUGUUAUCAUCAUUAUCAUCAUCUACAUUCUCAACAUCAUCAUCGUCGUCAACAUGCACAUUAUGUACAUCGUCGUCGUCGUCGUCAUCAUCAUCAUCAUCAUCAUCAUCACCACCACCACCACCAUCUACAUCUACAUCAUCAUCAUCAUCAUCAUCAUCAUCGUCAUCGUCAUCGUCAUCAUCGUCAAACCUUCCAACUCUUGCAUUUGA